CUUUGUUUGGAUGCAGUGUGUGCAACUGGAGUGCACGAGUGCCGCUACAGCGGACUUAGCAUUUUUAACUUUUUAUACAUGAAUGGAAAUCCACUCGUAGAUAUUUGACAUAUGCUAAUUACGGAGUAAAAGCAGCAGUACUUAGGCCAAACGCACUGUGUCGCGGUUUUGAGUAACUGUUUUUGUCACUUCCAUUGCUGUACAGUAACGUUAUCGUUAGAUGUAAUAGUAACGUUAGCUAAUUUAGCAGCAUCUCUCGUUCGCCGCCUGACUGGAACAGGUGCCAGCUGGUUAAAUGCAGCUGUCUUCGACACAAUACAACAAGAACAUUCAACUCUAGCCUCCAGUCCUGCUGCUAGCGGGACUAAAAGGACUGUCCACCCUGGACCUCAUCAAACCCCUCUUGCUCUGGGACAGGAAGGACCCGGCGACGCAGGACCACAUCAAACCAUGCUGGUACUGGGACAAAAAGGACUUGGCCCACACUCCAUCCCAGUCAGAGGGUCUGGACCCUGCCACUGAGGCCCGGUACCGCAGAGAGGGGGCUCGGUUCAUCUUUGACGUGGGCACACGGCUUGGGCUGCACUAUGACACCCUGGCUACUGGAAUUGUUUACUUCCACCGCUUCUACAUGUUCCACUCCUUCAAGCAGUUUCCUAGAUAUGUGACAGGAGGAUGCUGCCUUUUCCUAGCUGGCAAAGUGGAGGAAACUCCAAAGAAGUGCAAAGACAUCAUCAAGACAGCUCGCAGCCUGCUCAACGACAUCCAGUUUGCACAGUUUGGCGAUGAUCCCAAGGAGGAGGUGAUGGUGUUGGAGCGCAUCCUGCUGCAGACCAUCAAGUUUGACCUGCAGGUGGAGCAUCCCUACCAGUUCCUGCUGCGCUAUGCCAAGCAACUCAAAGGUGACAAGAACAAGGUGCAGAAGCUAGUCCAGAUGGCCUGGACUUUUGUGAAUGACAGCCUUUGCACCAUGGUGGCCCUGCAGUGGGAGCCGCAGAUCAUUGCCGUGGCUGUCAUGUAUCUGGCUGGACGUCUCUGCAAGUUCGACAUCCAGGAAUGGACCUCCAAGCAGUCGUCCCGGCGCUGGUGGGAGCAGUUUGUCCAUGAUGUGCCUGUGGAAGUGCUGGAAGAUAUCUGCCACCAGAUCCUGGACUUGUAUUCUCAGGCUAAGCAGCAGAUACCUGAUGCAGGGAUAGGGACUGGGGAAAACCCCCCGCUACCUUCUAUACUGUCACCCUCAGCCACACCGCCAGCCAAGAAGGCCUCCCCUCAGACCAGCCCUAGACCACCCAGACCAGCCCAGCCCUCUCCCAAAGAUGACAGCAAGGUCACUAAGCUCACAAAUCUAGAACCUCCUCCGCCUCCUCCUCCACCCCCACCUCCUCCUCCAGUCUCCAUAAACCCAGACCACAAACCCCCUUCCUCCUUCCCACCAGCCCUAGAUCUUCCAUCUAAACCCCCUCCCCCACCUUUACCCCACUGCCCACCUCCACCACCUCCUCUGCCCAAGGACCUCCCCACCUCUAGCUCCCUGGUUUCCAGCGAAGGCUACCAGAAGCUCCAGUCCAUGAUGAAGACAGAGGGCUCCUGUUACACUACUGUACCUCAGGCCUGUGCCCCACAGCUGGGCUACCACCACUACCCCCCAGGCACCACGCCCUACCACACUCCCCCACUCUCAGCCUAUAGUUACCUGCUGGCACCUCCGCCCCCUUCAGUCAUGGGGAUGCCUCCUAGUUUGAGUAGUGGGUACCCACCACCAGCAACUGCUGGACACAAUCAGCUACCCCCUCCACUGCCACCUGGGAUGCACCCAGUCAGCGGGCUGAGUCGGGGUACAUGGAUGAGAUGAGUACCACGAAGACGGCAACGGGUUCCGAUAAGUUCUGAUGGAAUGUUUUAAAAUCAUUCUGAUUGAUAAGAAAUCAACACAGUAGGCAACUUUGAUGGUCUGAACAUUUUCACCUUUUCAGUAUUCUCAGUUCUUCAAAAAGUCUUCAUUACAUGAUAUGGAGGAUAUGGAGCAGAUUCAUGCCAAUAUUCUAAAACUGUAUCUUGACACUAAGACUUCAUGUUGGUUUUACUUGACUUGGCAGGAGACACACGGAGGAUUGUAACAUGAAUGUCUUCCUCUUCUUUUUUUGCACAACACAUUAUGUGAUAUUUUAAAGUAAACAGCAUUCAUAUCUGUUUUAACUCCUGCUCAGAUAAUCUGUGAUUGCCUCAUGUCCUGUUUAAAUAUUGAUGAUGAACACUAUGUUGUUAUUUUGCUAUGUGGGAGCAGUAAUCCUCUCAUUUUUCAGGUUGGAUAUUGUUCUGAGUAUGACAUUUUUGGUGUUUAAUAGCCCAUAUCUGAGGAUGAGUUUCAAACUGUUAUCUUGUAGCCUAUUAAAGAGAGCACUGUAAAAGGCAGCUUUUAUCACCAGUUUGAUGUUGUUCAGCUCAUUGUGUUUUUUUUCUCUGGAUAGCGCUUUGCAUUGAAGAACCAUCAACAACUGGGCUAGUUCAAUUCACACAGAAAUGUCCCAUUUGUCUACUUUUAUUGAACUACUUUAUAAUGGCAUUGUUUUGAAUUUGUUUUUAUUUAUAAAGAAACCUCUUUCAGGAGCUUACAGUAGGUUGGCAUCAACCAAAGUCGGUUUGUAUAUAAACAUUUAAUGUUGUGAAUACAUAAGCACACCCUUCCAAAAAUGCUUUGGAUGUUUGUUUUUUUUACUGUAAGAAUAAAAUAAAGCAUUAAGAUAA